AUACUUGGUUCACUCACUUCAAGUUGAGAUGGAAAAGAGGAUAAUUCAUUUCCUCUUCUUGUCAACGCUGGCGGUCGGGUGGGCCAUUGGUGCGGAUGCCCAGGAGUAUGACUAUGAUCCUUCACGCGUCCAGACUGGUACAACACCAGAUUUUCCCUACCGCAAAUGCAACACGACGAAUGGCCCUUAUCGGCUGAAUCCGGUAUGGAGGUUUGUGGCCAAUCGGAUCUAUUGCUUUACUAUCCAGGUUAAGCUGGAUCCCCUUUCCUGUUCUGGCCCCUGCUGCAACGCUGACCUGCACAAAAUAGAGUUCAACGUAUCUAGCAGCUGCCUGGUCGCCGGGGCCUCCGUCAUCGCCAGUGUGAAUGGCAGAAAAACCAUGAUCGCGCCGGCAUUUGACAGGCCGGCAACUGGCCCGCCUGGCUCGGCCGUUCUGCGAAUCACCAACCUGGGCCUCACCACGGAGACCGCCCAGAAUGCAGAGCUGUGCCUCGUCCUCAGAACCAACCGCGGCGGCCAGGGCUGCACAACCCUGCAACAGCUGUGCACGUCGGCCGGUCUCCCCGCAGGCACCUGUACGGUGGCGACGUAUGACGCAGCCUGCGACUGCUGCCCACAAAAUAUCGUUGUUGAGCCACAGCCACCACCGCCGCCACCGCCGCCACCGCCACCGUCGCCACCACCGCCGCCACCGCCGCCACCGCCACCGUCGCCACCACCGCCGCCACCGCCGCCACCGCCACCGUCGCCACCACCGCCGCCACCGCCGCCACCGCCACCGUCGCCACCACCGCCGCCACCGCCACCGUCGCCAUCGCCGCCGCCGCCGCCACCGUCGCCAUCGCCGCCGCCGCCACCCCCACCUCCAUCACCCCCACCGGCACCCCCUCCAUUUGUGCCUGGCUUUUUCGAUUGCGAACUCUGUUUCGCUGCAGAGCUGACUCCACCGACUGAUUCCGCACCCUACCGUUUCGACAACGCCACCUGCACCGCCUUCCAAACGGCUGUCUCCGAAGACAUGAACAGCAUACUUCAAAAUUUCAACGUCACCAUCAAGAGCCCAUAUCCAAAUAGUACCUCAUGCACUGGCACGCAGGCCAUUGUGUGCGGCAAAUUCCUUAAAGGCGAUCUCGCCUUGCUUGAGCAAACAGUCCGCAGCGAAAUCUACCAAAAGGUUGUCAAAUGGCUCGCGAUCAUCACGGGUGAAGGUGAAUGCAAGCCGCAGCUGUCGGGGUACGAGGUGACGGUCAAAACGCUCCCCGGCGCUUCUCCGGCCUGCAUCGAUGUGGAGGCGGCUGUUCUUUGCCUCAUUUACGAUCCUCCUCCUCCUCCUCCUCCACUUCCUCCACUUCCUUUCCCCAACUGCACGUGCAACACAACGCAAAACAUCAUGCCGUACAAGUUAUCUCCCACGUGGUACACGACCAACUCGAGCCGUAGCUACGCCUCGGAGUACUGCUUCACGCUUAGUGUGCUGCCACCUGAACUCGUGGUGCCGAGCACCUGCAUGAGCAAGAACGACACACUCGCGAAACUCGAAUGGUAUAUAGAUGAAAGGAUGAGGCCGGCGGUCAAGGGCUUCACCCUAUAUCCAGCCGUGGGUCCGAGUAGAACAGUCUCCCCAAGCUGGGGUGCCACAGGAGUCCAGACACUGAAAGUUAACCUCAACUGGAAUGCGACGAUGGCCAACGGCGGAAAGGUCUGCAUAGCUGUUGCCAAGCCGUACAGGUUGGAGGACCUGUGCCUGGGGCCCAGAGGCACCGCAAGCAUUGGGAAAUGUUACGCCAGCAUUUUCAACAGGGACAGCUCGGACUACUGCUGUCCCACCUACCUCACUAGUCCGCAGUAGAGGAGCCCGCAUGGUUGCUGGCGGCCUCAGUGAGGCACACGCGCGCGUGUGUGUGUGUUUGUGUAUGCGUGUGUGUAUUGCGUUGACGGAGCGCUGGCUGCUGAAACUCCGCCCAAGCAGCUGCCUGCAGGCAGGUUUCCAACCUUCCGCGAGUGAGGGGGGUUGUUGAGACGACGACUUGACGGUCGGUGUGAACCGGGACCUGUCACUUAGCAUGCAGCUGCUGCUGAUGAGAGCACCAGCUGGAAGCAGUGGUGGGUAUUUGGUGCACAUAAAACCACCAUUACUGCUGCUUGCUUCAGGUUAAUUUCUUAUAUGGCGUAUUUGAUAGUCUGAAAACAAAUCAGUGAUUCCACUCUAAAGAUUAGGGAGUUGUACGUGUCGCCUUUACAAGGGAUGGAGUUGGGGGUUGUGUGGGGUUGGGCGGAAAUGAGCGAGCAUGCCGUCGAGCUAUGUUUCGUUCUGCUGCUGAUCACUGGGGCGGUGAAGACGUCCGUCCGUUUUGUAGAUGUUUACACGCGCCUCGCUCAGAACGUAAUGGUGAGGUUUCAAUGGUUAGGGUAUCGGCCGUCCGCCGCUCUCUUGUGGACAUCAUAGAUUGAUUUCAUACAGUCUCCAUAGCUGUUUCUUGGCAUAUAUUGGCAUAACUUACUUGUUUUAUAGCAUUGCAUGGGCCGCCAUCGUGCUGGCCAGUAGCUUGUCCGGCUUGGUUGUGAUCGGGUGGUUGAUAAUAGGUAUCUAUGCAUCUAACCCUCAAUAUAGGAUGUGUUCUGCUGGCAGGCACCAAUCAGUACACGACUGCUUUCACGUUAAUGUUAUACAGUAAAUUCAUGUAUAGUACGUAUUUUUGGCAAUGCCAGUCUGGGGGCCAGUCUGUUUACGGACUUCAUCAUCGUAUCCCACCAUUGACUGAUUCUAGGCCGAGAUGAUGGCCAGGAAGCAGCACAAACAUUCCCCGGCCAUGCCUUGUGGUGGCCACGUCAUGCAUGCUCAAUUAGGCAAGGGGGUGACGGCCGGGAGGCAAGGAAUUCCUUCGAAGGUGCAGUGUCUGAAAGGAGCACAGCAGUCCCUGCGUGUAUUGCCAAACCUGUGCACUUUGACACGACUCAAGGUUGAUUUGACCCUAUCCUGGCCCCCGGUUUGGGAAGCACUUUCACGGGGCACAGGACUUCCGACCACGCAUGCUUUCCCGUCGUUUCGCCUGCUGUCAUGUGGCUAGCGUUCCUGACUGCUGAAGCUGCCAGAAGCCCAAGGUUCGGCAAUUCGUUGUAAUAUGUAACGCAGAUGCCAAUUGGGUGGUCUGGAAUCUAUGUGAGUGCUGUAACACGCGGCCGGUUGCCAUUUUGAUGUACUUUCUUCUUGCUUUCAUACACCAAGGUUACAUCUUGCUCUGGAUGACUCUCAUGCAUGUGACAUUUGCGCCCACAGCGCCCACAGCCAGUGUUUUUUUUUGGUAAUAUAUUACUUUUUUGGGAAUAAAUGGGGGUCUGUGCCUGGAAGAAAUGGAAUAAUUGGUCAGUUGGCCGUACUGGUUCAUUACUUCGGCCAUAAGUCGCCCCAAAUGCCUUCUGCACAUAUAAAGCUGAACAUUUGGAGCUUAUACACUAUUUAUGUAUAAAAUAUUUGAU